UUUGAUAUCUAGGGUUUUUUUGUUUGUUUGUUUUUGAUGACCUGUACAUGACCUUCGAGAUGAAUGGCAAGGAAGACUAGUCAGUCUCCUUCACAGAUGAAGUCUGAGAGCUGCAGUAGGAGCCACAGGACUGGGCUGCAGGUCUUCUGAGCUACUGUCUCUCUAUCUCGGCAUUCUUGUGGGGACCAUGAAGCUAAACAAGAGGAGCGUGGCCCACUAUGCUCUGAGCGAUUCUCCAGCAGACCACACUGGCUUCCUUCGUACUUGGGGAGGACCAGGGACCCCCCCUACUUCCAGUGGUGCUGGCCGAAGAUGCUGGUUUGUCCUCAAGGGCAACCUGCUAUUCUGUUUCGAGAGUAGAGAGAGCCGGGCCCCUCUGAGCCUGGUGGUAUUGGAGGGCUGCACGGUGGAGCUGGCUGAGGCUCCUGUGCCCGAGGAAUUUGCCUUCGCCAUUCGCUUUGAUGCCCCUGGAGUGCGCCCACACCUGCUGGCCGCGGAUGGGCAGGUUGCCCAGGAGGCCUGGGUGAAGGCACUGUCCCGAGCCAGCUUCGGCUACAUGCGACUUGUGGUACGAGAACUGGAGAGCCAGUUGCAGAAUGCCCGUCAGAGCCUGGCCUUGCAUCGCUGUGCGUCCCAGAAGUCUGUUGUCAGCUGCAGUAAGCCUCAGGCUCCUGACCGACGGGCUCCAGGCCCUGAGAAUGGCCACUUUCUCCCCAGGGACCAAAACUCCAAUGGUUCUGUGGAAGAAAGGGGGAGCAGGCCAAUGGGUCGGGAUUUGACUGAGUGGGAGUUACAGGGCCCUGCCAGCCUCCUCCUAAGCAGGGGACAGAGCCCUGUGUCCCCUGAGACCUCCUGUUUCUCUACCCUGCAUGACUGGUAUGGGAAGGAGAUUAUGGAGCUGAGGCGAGGAUGGCAGCAGAGGGCCAGCGGGAGCCAGCCAGGGAGCAAGCCACAGAACAGCCCCUGAGCCAGGACCUUUGAGCUGUGGCCCUGUCCUGCUGGUUGGGAUGCCGGGGUCAGUACUUCAGGAGUUAAAUGUUUACUCAUUUCCCGUGGUGUGUGUGUGUGUGUGUGUGUGUGUGUGUGUGUGUGUGUGUGUGUGUUCUGAGGCCUGGAAAGGCCAGGUGGCUGAUGGGAACAUAAGGUAAUGCAGGAAGGGGGCUGUGCUCCCCCGCCCCUGCAGGACACUCUAGCCCUCAUUUCCAACACGAAGUCUUGGGCAUCUAAACACCAGAGGUGGCUGAUAUUGACAUGGUUUGGGCAGGGGUCUCUGUAGGAGAGGCUCUUCAGGUGCUAACGGGGGGGGGGGGGCUUCCUCUCUCCCCUGGCCCCUUGUCAAUGUAGAGUGCUGGAUGGACAUUGCCCUGGGAGAGGCAGACAGCCUUAAAGCAGGAGCAACCCCCUUCCCGAUCUGUUGUUCAGGGCCACUCCUAGGGGUCCUGUCACCUAUCGCUUGUUUCCAAGGCUUGUCUGCCAAGAACCCUCAUACCCACUUCCCAAACAAAGUCUGCCUCUUCCUGACCUCCCUUCUUUCCCUAUCUGGGGCCUUGGGGCAGCCUGAUCAAAAUUUAUCCAGGCCUAAAGGCCAAACUUUGGCCUCUAGGAGACUGAGUUUCAUGGUCUUCUUGGCCAGGGCCAGUUCCCGUGGUGCCAGCCAUGUUUCUCAGGCCCGCUUGUAGCAUUAUAGCCAGCUGCCCUUGAUUGUACGCACAGGUACUGUGCCUUUGCUGACUUCUUUACUACAGUAGUUAGUGUUCGUCCUUUAAAUAGUUCGGUUUUUGGAGACCGGGUCCCACUUUGUAGCCCAUACAGGCCUGGAACUCGUUCUUAGCUUUGCCAGUGCUGGUCACGCCCAACUUGUUUUUGUUAUUUGUUUUGUAGCAGGACCUGGUGGGAAGGCCUGCCAGCCUAGCCCCUUGUGCUAGCACAUCUGGCUUCAGUUUUGUUGUGUUCUUUAUAAUCAGAACAGCAAAGUUUGCAGGAUGUGGUAGCAAAGGAGGAAGAGGAGGGCCAGGAGGAAUUCUAAGACAUCCUUGACUGCACAGUGGGUUUUUGACUAGACUGGUCUCCCUCUCAUAAAAUUAUUCGUUUUAGUUAUUAUAAUCUGUGUUUACAAAUGAAGAGUCAGGAGUUAGAGCUGCGAGACGGGUGUCCGAGGCUAGCGUGAGUCCGGGAACCUGUCUUGCUGGUACAACCUCCAGCAGGCCAGUCCCGCGGCUUGAUUGCUCCCUAGCCCUGUCUGAGAAGCUUGCUGCCCACUGCACCUGUGGUUCGAGUGUUCGCAGACACUAUGGGCUCUUGUUAACUUUUUAUUGUUACAGUUUCUUUUUAUAAAUUCAA